AAGCCGGCGCCACCACCGGCCGGAUGAUACCUGUGACACGCACACACACUCCACGCUCGCGCCCAGGAAAGCAAGCGACACCGCACAACAAGCAACAAGUUCUGUUCAGGUUGGAGGUCGAGUGGGACCGAAUGGCGUCGGCGCCGGUGGAGUUCCUGGGCGCGCGGGAGGGCGGGGUCGGCGGGGACGCGCUCUACUGCGCCAUCAUCCUCUGGCUCUCCGUCAUGUCGUGGAUCAUCUUCACCUGCGUCGGCAGCGACGACGGCGGGAGGCGCCGGAGGGGCCGCCGCGACACCAAGGUCUUCGUCGGCGCCGAGCGCCUCUGCGACGGCACCGGGCCCCACUGCAGCGGCGGAUACGGCCUCUGCGGGUCCUGCGUCGACUAGCCUCCCCCUCCAAAUCGUCCGUUUGGUUCGUCGUAAUCGAGAGUCGAAAGCACUAGUAGUAGUAUCAUCUAUCUAUGGUGUGGUGUGAUGAAGAACUCCUCUCUCCUUCUCCGGGGAGCUCCGUUCUUGUAGCAUGUAAAUAGUUUCAGCGAUCGAUGAUGAUCGACGAGAUGAGCAAGUAUGAUCUGGUAGCAGUAUGAGUUUCUCCCCUUUGUGAAGACAAUAAGAGGGAGCUAGCGUCUGGUCCUGGUUCCUGUUUUGGCCGCAAAAAUUUGUCUCGAUUGACUCGUCCUGUUCUUCUCUUUCUCGCUCGAUCAUGCGCGAAUUUCGCAAUCGCGAGAGGUGCUUUCUCUUCCGAGUGGACGAUUUGCGUUUGGUCUAGUGCCGCUGCUUUCUGUUGUGGGGAGCAUAAUUGAUUGCGGAUAAUUGUAGAGAUAUCAUUUUCAAGUGGACUAUCUGCACGGGUUGGUUGGGGGGGUUGGGCGGAUUUAAUUUGGGUUAGCAAGCCCAGGCUCCUCCUCUGGUAGUGGUGGAUCAGGCGGCAGGAAUUAAUUACUUGCCGUGGAGUGAAAUCCGCGGCUGUGUAUAGUACUCUGUGACUGUGACUGUGACACCCGGGACAUGAGCCUGUCGUGAGUGCCCAGUUACUACAGAACGUCAGGAUGUAUCUGUCCAAAAAAUAUAAAUGUUCUAUAUUUUUUUCUGAA